AUGGAGCCUGGCUCGGAGGAGGAGAGAAGAGCGAGUGCCGAGGCUGACCUGCAGCUAGCUGCUGGCUAUGUGACACAAUAUUUAUCAACACAUUAUGACAUCACACACGUAACAGACACCGGCCAGAUCAAUUUCAUAACGAACGUAUCUACUGAGACUGUACUGCUACACAUAGAAAUGCUGGCUUCCUGGCUCCGGAACAAUGGCGAGUGGCGACCAGUAGACUACACAAUGACAACAGUACAUAGACUACACUCACCAACUGACGCUGGUAGAUGGUUGGGCUUCAACGAACCACUACGACCUCACGAGGAGCGGUACUGGCAUAGUCUCCGUGUGGCUUCAUAG